AUGAGUUCCUCUUCUAGUUCCUCAUCUUCAAGGUCUUCAUCAAGAUCAUCAUCCUCAAGUUCAUCAUCUUCAUCAAGAUACUCUCACAAAAAAUAGAGAAGAAAAAACAAAAAGAAAGAGGAUUAAGAUGCUGGCCAUUUUGAAUAUCAAAUAGGCAUGAAAAUAAAAGCAGGAUAAUUUAUGAUCACACGAUUUUUAGGAGAUGGCACCUUUGGUCGUGUUUUAGAAGUUAAAACCUGCAAUACUACUAAUAAUAAUUAUUAUGCCAUGAAAGUAAUAUUAAUUGGAUUUAAAAGUGCAUAAGGGCUGUAGAAAGGUACAUAGAAUCAGCCAAAAUUGAAACCAAAAUUUUGUGGUAUAUUUAGGAUAAGGAUAAGAGUGGGGCAUUUAAUAUUGUGAGGCUGUUUACAUCGUUUGAAAGAUAUAACAAUUAUUUCAUGGUUUUCGAGAGGGUAUUUCUAAAAUAAUCAUUAAGUUAGGGAAAUCAUUAUAUGACUUAAUAAAACAGAACAAUUACAUCGGUUUUCCUAUGAAAUAUGUGUAAUCAUUUGCUAAAUAGAUCAUCAUCUCAGUGGCUUUCCUUCAUCAAAAUUAGAUAACUCACACAGAUCUCAAACCAGAGAAUAUUUUAACUACCAAUUGUGAAUAUAAGUUGGUCCCCUUCAAAGGAAGACAGUAUCUAUUUAUAUUCCAUUUUAUUUAGAAUUUGGGUUCCUGAGCGAGAAAUCCUUAAAAUCAUAGAUCUUGGUGGUGCCACCUUUGAACAUGAAUAUCACAGUACUGUCAUUAACACAAGACAAUAUCGUGCUCCUGAAGUGAUUAUGGGCUAUCCAAAAUGGAAUGAGAGGAGUGAUAUUUGGUGCUUAGCUUGUGUGUUAUUAGAAUUGUAUACCGGUAUUAAUUAAUCUCAAUUAUUCUAUAGGCGAAUUGUAUUUCUAAAAUAAAGAUGAUUUAGAACACAUAGCCAUGAUCGAAAAAGCUAUUGGACCUAUGGAUUACCGUCACUUCAAGAACUCCAAAUAUAAAACAUUCUUCAAUUAUGAUUAAAAGUACACUUAUUGAAAUUAGAGGUACUUUGAUUAGCAUCGAUCAUAUUUCAAAUGGAAUUCUGUGGCACCAAGCGAUUCUGCAAUAGAAAGAGUUAAAAAAUUGAAAACUUUUGAAGAAUUAAUACCAGCUAAACAUGCCAUAUUUAUUGAUCUGAUUAGAAAAAUGCUUAGAAUAGAUCCUGAAGAAAGAAUCCCAUUGAGAAAACUAGUUCAUCAUCCCUUUUUUCAAUAGGUAUUUUAAGAUUGA